GAAAGCCACAGCGAUGGGAAGGGAAGCGGAACACUGGAGACCCUAAAGGCCCACAGGCUGAGCGAAGUGGAACCUCUCCUGAGGUGACACCUGUCAGCACCCCUCUUUUGGGCGCCAGUCCAAAAAUCGCGGUAUCUGCUUGGCGAGGUUGGAGGGACUGAACGACGCUAAUUGGUUAGUUGGUCCUCGAACCAGACUUUCACCUGGAGAAUCAGGAGAGGAGUGGGCGGGAUUUCGAACUGAGCCACUCGCUUCAUUGGUGAAAAGAAAACGAACCAGGAACUAUUCGGAAGUGUGAUUGGCUGUUGCUAGGAACCGUCUCAAGGCCUUAUGGGCCCUGGUUACGGAAGCCGAGGAAGGCUGAGCGCGGGCUCUCAAGGAAAGUAGUCGCGGAAUCUCAGUUAGCGGUGGAGAGGCGGUAUGUCCGGUUCAAUGGCGACUGCGGAAGCUAGCGGCAGCGAUGGGAAAGGGCAGGAAGUCGAGACCUCAGUCACCUAUUACCGGAUGGAGGAGGUGGCAAAGCGCAACUCCUUGAAGGAACUGUGGCUUGUGAUUCAUGGGCGAGUCUACGAUGUCACCCGCUUCCUCAACGAGCACCCUGGAGGAGAAGAGGUUCUGCUGGAACAAGCUGGUGUAGAUGCAAGUGAAAGCUUUGAAGAUGUAGGACACUCUUCUGAUGCCAGAGAAAUGCUAAAGCAGUACUAUAUUGGUGAUAUCCAUCCGAGUGACCUUAAACCUGAAAAUGGUAGCAAGGACCCUUCAAAAAAUGAUACAUGCAAAAGUUGCUGGGCAUAUUGGAUUUUACCCAUCAUAGGCGCUGUUCUCUUAGGUUUCCUGUACCGCUACUACACACCGGAAAGCAAAUCCUCCUGAGGAGGCCUUGCUGAAGUUAGAAAGUGCAUCCACUUUGGGGUGAAAACUAGAGACUUGCUUGGGGGCUGCAGAAGUGCCCUCUCCUCGAAUCCUGCCAGUUGCAUUCUCCCCCCUUGGAGCCAAGAUGAUUGGCCAGACAUCCACCUCAGAUCUGAGACCAGCGUCUUCCAUCUCUCAGAGCCUUACUCCCAAAGUACCUGCUCACUGUUCUGUGUAGAACAAUUGCCAGUGUUUCCUCUCUUCACUGGUUUCCAUGAGUACCCUUAUAUUUCACAACUUUCUGUUCAUAAGUUAUAGUGACAUUGCUCUUUGGUAAAAAUGCCUGCUUUCCAAUACUUUGAUUGCAUAUUAGACAUUCUUAACAGGGCGGCAGUCUAGUGUUGAAACUUUUAUUUUUCCAUUUUUCUUUUAAGUAAAUUUUUUAAAAAGAAUUCUGAUUUAGGGCUAGGUGUGGUGGCUCAGGCCUGUAAUCCUAGCACUUUGGGAGGCCAAGGUGGGAAGAUCGCUUGAGGCCAAGAGUUCAAGACCAGCCUGGGCAACAUAGCGAGACCCCUAUCUGUAUUUUUUUAAAAAAUCUGAUUUAAUUCUUUUAUUUAUCAUAAGGAGUUUAAUUCCUGAAGUAAAGGUAUGUACCUAUUAAACUUAAAACUGCCAAAUGAGUUUUGUUCCUUUUAUGUGCGUGAUAAAAAUACAAAGAAUGGUGUGGCCACCUCCUCCCUUUCAAGCUAGGGCAGCAGGUAGCUCUUCCCACCCCCUGAGCCCAGCCCCUUCCCAAGUGGUGCCGGACAAAAAACUACAUGGCCCUUUUGUGUCUUGGGGGUGGAAAGGGAGGGAUGAAUUGGGGUGAUAGAACCCUCGUGAAUUCAGAGUAAUCUUUCUUUAGAAAACUGGUGUUUUCUAAAGAAACAGGAUAGGAGUUUAGAGAAAGCACCAAAGCUUUCACUUUGGUUUGGCACCAGUUUCUAACCAUCUGUUUUUUCUACCCUAGCUAUCUUUUAUUGGUAAAAUAUAAAUGUAUAAUUAUGUUUGUAGAGCUUUACCAAGGAUUUUCCCUCCUUUUUUGUUUGUUGAUUAGCAAAUUUUUGAUUCUCCAUUUUCCAAAAGUAAGAGACUCCAACAUGGGCUUCUGUUUGCCCCCCCAGUAAAGUAACUUCCAUAUAAAAUGGUAUUUGAAAGUGAGAGUUCAUGACAAGAGACUGUUUUCCAUUUCAUCUGUAUUUUACCUCCGUGACUUCAACUUGUGGGUUUGUUCUGUUCUUCCAUGAGAAUAAAAUCCUGGCAGUUUUUUUCUCA